AUGAUUGAAUUGUUGUGGAAGGAUGAGGAAGCAAGCAGCUCAUCUGACUGUUUUCCCUGUGUUUACCCACUUCCUCUCUGCACCUCUGUGGACCUCCCUAUAGUAUAUCUGUGUUUGAACUUCAUCAUCACUAAGGGACCGAAGGAGAAGCAGCGGCGGGAGAUGGCACUUCCUUUACAAGAAGUUCCCAACCCACACUGCAUCUCCAUGCAGGAGGAGCAGCUGCCCUACCCGACCCUGGCCCCAGUAGUUUUUUGCCGCUUAAAACAGACCACAAGACUCCGUAACUUGUGUCUGCAAGUGGCCCAUAGCCCGUGGUUGGAUUAUGUGUCUGUACUGAUAAUUGUGCUCAACUGUGUAAAUUUGUCCAUUUAUGAGCCCGGGGGAAUGAAGAACACCACACAAGAGAUAUUGGAGGUCCUUGUGUUUGUCUACUUUGUUGUGGAAAUGCUCAUCAAGAUGGUGGCCCUGGGAGCCUUUGGCUAUAAAGGGAGUUACCUUAGCAACAACUGGUACAAGCUGGACUUCAUCAUCAACUGUGGAGAGUUGUUGGAUAUUAUGUUUGAAAUAUUUGACAUCCACUUGCAAUUCUGUCGAGUGCUCUCACCGUUGCGUCUCAUCAGCAGAGUACCAAGUAUGCUCCACGUUGUGACAGUACUUUUAGGCACCGUGCCCAUGCUCGCAAAUGUUAUGGCCCUUUGCAUCUCCGUCAUCCAAAUCUUUGCUGUUGUGGGAGUCCAGCUGUGGGCGGGGCAGCUGCGCAACCGCUGCUUCCUGGGAGAGGACAUUCCCACAAAGUACAACGUGUCCUUAAGUCCAUAUUACAUGACCGAGUAUGAGGAAAAACUCCCAUUUAUCUGUUCGCGUGAUGGCAAAAGCGGGAUGCAACACUGCCAAGAUGUGCCACCUUUUCACAAUAAUGGGACAACCUGUUCAUUGGCUGCUCACCAGUAUUCUUCAGCUGUAAAUGGGGUAGUCUCUACAGGGGCCGGAGCCAGUGUAAACGCUUGUGUCAACUGGAACAUUUUCUACAAUGUCUGUCGGCCCGGGGACCACAACCCUUACAUGGGCGCUAUCAGCUUUGAUAACUUUGCUUACUCCUGGAUAACUAUAUUCCAGGUUGUGACACUGGAAGGAUGGGCGGAAAUCAUGUUUUAUACUAUGGAUGCUUAUUCUUGGUGGAGUGUUGUAUUUUUUGUAUUCGUCACUGUUAUGGGCUCCUUUGUCAUGAUAAACGUCUACGCAGUCGUCAUCGCCACACAGUUCUCGGACAAAAUGAAACAAGAUACAGGAGAGCCAAGUGUUGGUGCUGUGGCUAUUGCACAGCUCUGUGGCAAGUUAAUUGGAUGGCUGCAGGCAAUCUACCGUAAAUGCAACAGGCAUAACAAGGUGCACCCUCAUGGCGACAGCAGCAGGAUUGAUAACUCAAUGAUCUAUCAGGUCUGGAGACCAUUCAUGGAAAAGCUUAAGAGGACUGUCCACAGCAAACUCUUUGACCGAUUGGUCAUGUUUGCUCUUUUCCUCAGUAUUGUCACCAUGGCCAUAGAGCAUAAUGACCAGCCCCAGGAGUUGACACGUGUGUUACAGAUCAGUAACAUUGUCUUCACCAUUAUAUUUCUUGUGGAGUUGAUUAUGAAGCUGCUGGCUCUCACCUGGACAUACUUUAUGGACUUAAACAAAAUCUUUGACUUUGUCAUUGUUAUCAUCAGUUUGUGGGAGAUAAUAUCUAAAGCAGACGGACGGUUGUCAGUUCUGCGUGUAUUUCGUCUGCUGCGGUUUGUGAGGUUGCUUCACUUCCUCCCUUACCUGAAGAGACAACUGCUCGUGCUGAAGAGGACCAUAACAGAGGCAGCCACACUCUGCAUGCUACUGCUAUUUUUCAUCUUUAUUUUCAGGCAUGUACACACACAAAUCCUCCCUCGCCUUGUGUCUGUAUGUCUGUAGACAUCUGUAAUGUCACAGCUAAUUCCAAAUGAUGCUAUUUUAUUACUAUAUCAUAUGAUAACGAUCACCCACAAGAUGCAUCUCAAUGAUUGUGCAUGUAUGUUCUUGGUACUCUGCAGUAUAAUGGGUAUGCACCUGUUCGGAGGUAAAUUCUUCUUUGAGACGCACCAUGGAGAUGUCAUCGUUGAGCGGAAAAACUUUGACACCCUGCUUUGGGCAAUGGUCACGGUGUUCCAGAUUCUAACUCAGGAGGACUGGAAUGUGGUGAUGUACAACGCUAUGGCAACUACCUCCAAAUGGGCCUCUAUCUACUUUAUUGUGGUCGUUAUUUUGGGAAAACAUGUUCUUCUCAAUAUACUUGUGGGCAUAGUGGUUCAGAGCUUCCAGGCUAGGAGCUUCCCAAGUAUGGAUCAAGACUCUUCUCUCUCUUCCUCUGAGUCUACCAGUUCCACUCUGGAAAUCUUGACCCCUGAAAACCCUGUACAGACAGAUAACAACCAGAGAAAUGGCCCCACAGGACCCAACCGAGGCCUCUCUCUCUCUCUUUGUUGCCCCAGGAUAAACAAUGCGAUUAACGCAGCCCCAGGGGAAGACUCUGCCCCAACAGAUACCAAUGGGGACAGUCGAUGUUUGAACUUGAUCCAGAAAAUGGUCAGCUGGUCCAAAGAACAUGAAGAGUGGUCAGUUUAUGUGUUUUCGCCACAGAACAGGUUCCGCAUCUUUUGUCAACGACUGAUCUCUCACAAGCUGUUCGACCGCAUUAUUCUGGUCUUCAUUCUCCUCAGCUGUGCCACCAUCGCUGUGGAGAGGCCUGCAAUAAACCCUCAAAGCAUGGAGCGUUGGGUCCUGAAUACAGCCGGUUGCGUGUUCUCUGCUGUUUUCUUUGUAGAGAUGCUCUUUAAGGUUGUAGCUCUUGGUUUGCUGUUUGGGAAGGAGAGCUACUGCCGGUCUGCCUGGAAUGCUGUGGAUGGUUUUUUGGUGUUACUGUCUUUAGUCGACAUCUUAGUCUCUUUGGCCAGUACAAGUGAAAAAAAUAUAAUGGGCAUGCUCAAAGUUUUGUGCCUGCUACGCACAAUGCGCCCGCUGAGGGUGAUCAAGCAAGCCCCGAAACUGAAGCUGGCUGUGGAAGCCCUGAUUGCUUCGUUUAAACCCAUUGGGAACAUCGUCAUUAUUUGCUGUGCCUUUCUCUUUUUUUAUGGCAUUCUUGGGGUGCAGUUAUUUAAAGGGAAGUUCUUCUACUGUCUGGGUCAAGACACAAUCAACAUCACCAACAAGAGUGAAUGUCUGUCGGCCAACUAUCGCUGGGUACAAAAGGUGUACAAUUUUGACAACCUGCCUCAGGCUCUGAUGUCCUUAUUUGUAAUGUACUCUAAGGAUGGCUGGGUGAACAUUAUGUAUGAUGGGCUGGAUGCUGUGGGAGUAGAACAACAGCCUAUAACGAACUACAACGAAUGGAUGCUGAUUUUUUUCAUCACCUUCAUGAUUAUAAGCUUCUUUCUUCUCGACAUGUUUAUUGGUGUAAUGGUGGAGACCUUCCACCAGUGUCGGCAGGCUCAAGCCUAACAGAAAUAGCCACAGUAUCACAGGACCAGUGCAAUGGUAAGGAGAAUGGAGUAGCUUGUUAAUGAUCUAUUUUCCCAAGCAUCACAUUUCAGAGAGAUUCCAUAUUACACAGAUUACUCCCCCAUUCGUCGGUCUAUCCACACUUUCUGUACCAGUAGCUUCCUGGACCUCUUCAUGGCUGCCGUAAUUUUCCUCAGUGUCAUGAUGAUGGGUUUCCAACAUUAUGAUCAACCUCUGUAUGUAGAGAAGAUGACAGACUAUUCCUACUAUGUGUUCACCAUCAUCCUGAUCAUUGAAGUCAUGCUGAAGCUUGUGGCGUUUGGCAUACUGAGGUUCAUAAAAAGCAGAUGGAAUCUGCUGGACAUCGCUGUUGUCUUGAUUUCAAUACUCAGUAUUGUUUUUCAAGUGAUGGAUAUGGCAGACUCAAUUCCCAUUAAUCCCAGCAUCCUUAGAGUCUGCAGAGUACUCAGACUAGCACAAGUGCUGAAGGCCAAAAAGAUACGAGUUCUGCUGAAAACCAUUAUCAAGACGCUGUCACAGGUUGGAAAUAUCUGUCUACUCUUUGCAUUCUUCUUCUUCAUCUACGCUGCGCUGGGAGUGGAGCUCUUUGGCAGGCUAGAAUGCACCGACGAUAACAUUUGCCUGGGUUUACAUCGAAACGCCAAUUUCAAACACUUUGGGAUGGCCCUGCUCACGCUCUAUCAAGUGUGCACCGGAGACAACUGGAGCGGGAUUAUGGCAGACACAUUGAGGGAAUGCCGUCCCAACGAUGAGGGCUGUUCCAGCUACUUGCACUGGGUUUCUCCAAUCUUCUUCUCCAGUUUUGUGGUUAUGGCCCAGUUUGUGCUGGUAAACCUGGUGGUGGCCGUGAUCAUGCAAGCUCUAGAGGACAGCCACGAGAACCAACCUACUAACUCCUGUCCCCCCCUGGAGGAGGAAGACGAGCAUGACCCGUCUCGGCUGUCCACCCAGAAUGUCGAACCCAGUUCCAGCCACGAAAACACAAAUGGAUUCUCAGUGAUGACACAGUCAUAAAUUUGAAUAUAUGUCUUGUUUU